GGGCCCGCGUACGGGCUGCUUUAUACUCAGACGUACACACAUGCUCCAUGCGGGUCGCAUUGCGGGUGACAAUUACUCACGUCCACGUCGCGCUCGGUCCAACCGCUAGGAAAGGGCUUAUCGUUCCCUCAUUCGGAUGAAGUGGGCGAGGAGAAAGAGCGUGGGAAACCCAUCAGCUGUCACCUGUCGCGCCUGUUCCUCGCCUGAGUCGCGUCUAGUUUCACCGGUGGGUGCAUUCCACACGUCCGGUGGAGGGUCUGGAUCCUCGACGCGUGCGGUGUGCCUUGCACUAUGUGUCUGUUUUCAUCCUCCAGCGGUCAUUCCUCUGCAGCGGUCUCUGUGCGCGGCGACCGGGAACCUUAGAGUUGUGUGGCAUUCGGCAACCUAUCCGUCGACGCGAACACUUGGCUUUCAGACGCUUCGAAGAGCCAUGCACUCUGUGCUUACUUAUAACCUUCCUCACCUUCCCUGCUCCACCCUUCGAGGCCGCUUUUCCUCCGGUCCGAUAGUCCCCGACCCCGAGGAAACGAAACGAAACGCAACGAACCCGUCCGCUCGUGUCCUGCGGAUGCGGAAUCCACGAAAAAACUCCAUGUCACUCACUGUUCCCGGCCGAUGCUGCUGCUGCUGCUCGUCACUUCACGCCGAUUGACGCUUCCUCAUCCGGAACAAAUGUAGUCUAGGCAACUCCUGCGAAGGCCCUGCAGACCUGAAACCAGUUCUUGCUUCCCGGAUCGCGUACAUAAUCACCACCGACGGGUCCGGAGCCCCAAUCCAGCAUGGAGCUGGACUGUCUUGGUGCGAAGUACUUUGUUGUGCUUGCCCAGUGACACUCGCGACCUCGAGCCCAGCACAUGAAGCCGAUGCUUUAUUUCUCAGAUGUUCUGCUUGAUCCCCGCGGGUGGUGCCAUUGCGUCAAGCGUAACUUUGCAAGUAGCGGAAACCAGUCACUAUCCGAACCACGGCGAUAUUUACCCACGGAGCAUGCCCUUCUCUUUCUUUUUCUUGAGGACAAUCACGUCCUAGUCUCACUCCUCUGCAUGCCUAGCUUCCUCCAAAACGAAGUCAGCCCACCCGCAUCACUCCAACGACUGACAUUCGUUACGGACCCGAUGCGCCGAACAUCGAAUCGAUCAGGAAGCGACAGGCUAUAAUUGUGUUCCAGCAAUCGAGGAACAGCUCUCGUUGCCUGGUAUAUGCGCGGUAGAUGGGUUCCAACCAAUCAACACACGCCAUGCCGUUGAUGCGCGCUACUACGCGGACAGGUGCGGACACGCCCCUGCAAACAUUGUCUGCCCAGCUUUUCGCAGAAGCGGGGCUUGCUCUGCGCGUGGGCAGUUGCGGAAGAGACACGCCACCCCCGUUCCCAGGUUGGCUCCCGGGCGUCUGAGUCUCCACGAUUGACUUCAGUGGCGAUAAAUUGCAAGUCGAACUGAGCUCCAAGCGCCCUACUACAGAAUCGCACCUACUCACCAAAUAGCAAAACCGUCCCCCAUGUCAUCGUUCUGGACAUCGCUCCGCGGCUUCGACCACGAUCCCACUGCCCCGCUGCGGGAAGAGUUCGACCGCCUUGCGGAGCAGCGCGGCUGGAAGCUGAAGAGCGAAAAUUACAAGCAAAACUGGGUGCGCUGCGCACUAGAGGAGUUCGGGUAUCAGUUCGGGCGGGACGAGGACCGGCUGGCCGGAUGGCAGGCCCUAUGCGCAAUAGUCGGCGUCACAGACGUCCCCGACACGAUCGUCGGAUGUCGGGCCAUCAUGAAAAAGACCUGGGUGAACAUCUACGACCUGUUGGACGCCCAGCGCACCGGGGGUCCGGUCGUCCAACACCGCACAAAACACGCGUUGCGGGUCUACUCCUUACAAAAUGAGAAGAUCUUCCCAAAGGAAACCGCCAAAGAGAACCGAUUCCUUGCCGUCCUGCUGAUAGACAUGUUUGCACGAGCCCGGCCGUAGUGCGAUGGAACAUCAGGAUCUGUAGUAAAACUCGUGUUGGGGCUAUCUUCAAUGUCGUUUCUGACAAGCCAGAUCCCGUGACAAACUCUUCCACGUGUCUUUCACAUGCCCCUCACAUGGCCUGACGUGCAGGUUUGUUUAUCAACAGUUGUACUUACAGGAAUGGUGACCUAGGAUAUCAUUCCGUCUGUCACGACAGACCACUAACAAAAGAAAAUCCUUUAAAUUAGUCUCAUGAUAGAAUUCAGCCUUUUUGGCACCCUCUAAGCAGCUGUUGGGACUAGUGACCUGUG